AUGGUGUAUGUAGGAGUAAAUGUUUUAGUAAUAGAAUCUAAAACCGAGGACGGGUGUAGAGUCCUUUUAAAUCGUUCAGAUUUAAUUCAGCUACAGAACUUGGAAUGGAGUAUUGCUGUGAGUAUACGGGAAAAAGAUAUUUUCAUCAAACCUAAAAUUAUAAAACAAAUGAACGAAUAUUUCGAGAAUUUGAUCGGGAAAAUUCUUCAAGUGGAUACACCGCCUAAAAAUGUUGAUGAAAUGCAAAUUUUCAUUAACAACCAAGAAGUUAAGCAAACCAGUGAAAACCAAUUCCUCAACCAAAUUAAAAUGUUUGCACCUACACAAUUAGCAGAACUUUGUAUGAAUCGUCUGGUGACACCAAACACCCUGGAGCCAUAUGACAAGAAUUUUAGAAGCCCGUCAUUAAUGAUACCAAGCUAUUCACCUGUCAACGCUGGUAACUACAAAUUGUACGAAGACUCCAUUAGAAGUAAUGGAUUUAAUCUGACGGAUGAGGAAUAUGAUUUAUCUAAGCCGAUAGAUCAUUUUGAUGGCCCAAGGUCACCCGAUGAAAACUGUAGCCAACAACUGUCGUUCGACGAAAAUGAUGGGCCUGAUUUUUUCAAUCCAAACCAUGCAUCGUCUCAAUUCAAGACACCACGGACAUCUCGAUCAACUAGUGCUGAUCCCCAAACACCGUUGCGUAAAGUAAAACAUAGACUAUUCUAA